CCCGUAUAUAUAUAUACUAUAAAACAAUGGAGGAUGAUAAUGUUAAUAUAGUAAAGUAACUAUUCUAGGAAUUUAAAUCAGACACGCGCAGUUAUAUAAUAAUCUGUUCGAUUUCCUUUUCCUUUUCGAGCCCCGUCUCUCUCUCUCUUUCUCUCUCUUUCUCUCUCUCAAUACUCUCUUCCUUUCCAAGAAAAACACAAAGCUUGCUUAUUAAUCCAAGAUAACUAUUAUUGUUUCUCGAGAUUUAUUCUCUCCCUCUCUCUCUCUCUCUCUCUCUCUUUCUCUGUUUUGUGUUUACGACGACGGAUUAGAUCAUGUUUCGUUCCGAGAAGACGGAAAAAAUGGAUAAACGCCGACGGAGACAGAGCAAAGCCAAGGCUUCUUGUUCCGAAGAGGUAAGUAGCAUCGAGUGGGAAGCUGUGAAGAUGUCGGAAGAAGAAGAAGAUCUCAUUUCUCGUAUGUAUAAACUCGUUGGCGACAGGUGGGAGUUGAUCGCCGGGAGGAUCCCGGGACGGACGCCGGAGGAGAUAGAAAGAUAUUGGCUUAUGAAACACGGCGUCGUUUUCGCCAACAGACGAAGAGAGUUUUUUAGGAAAUGAUUUUUUCCCCCAUUAUUAAAAAACAAAAAAAAAGUUUUCCACUCCUUAAUUUCUCAAGACAAGAAAAAAAAGGAAAUGUACCUGUCCUUGAUUUUUACUAUUUUGGAAUGUAUAAUUAUCAAUAUAAAUAUAAUUUGCUUAGGAUUCAAUUUACCUGUCCUUUAUCUUC